AUGAAGCUCAUUUUGGUGCUGCUUCUGGCAGGCGUUGCCUUGGCACAGCGUCCCCAAACGGUGGCCGUUAUCGACAAGCUGUACGAGGUGCACCCACUGUACAGACAGAUCCAGGACUAUGUGAUCAACACGAUCGCAGAUGCGCGCCUUUCGAGCUCGGCGAGGAUCUACGACUUCCACCGGGACAUCAUCAUGAUCAAGAGCACCUUCCUCGGGACGUCGAUCCGGCAGGAGCAAACCCUGCUGACCCAGAUCAACGGCCAACCGCUGUCGGUCGAUCAGCAGUGUCUGAGCUUCGUGCGCCAGAGUGCCGAGGUGAACAUGAACCUGGCCGGUGUAUCCUACAGUACCUGCAUUACGACCGCUGGUGAUACGCUCGUGUCCACCGUCAAGUCUUUCUACGAACGGUUGGAUGUGGAUGAGGCGGCCUACGUUGGGGUCGGUCUGUUCGAGGAGUUCCGCGACGAGAACGUGUUCUUCAAUCCGAACAGCAUCAUCUCGAAGCUGGAGAGCCGCAUGUUCCGGCUGGAAGAUUACCCCACGCACAUCGGUAGCGAGCUGCUGGACGCUGUGGCCGGAUUCACCAGCGCGCUCGACGCCGUACGGAUGAACUAUGUGAGCUGCAUGACGAUGGGUGAACAGCUGCUCAUGUCCGCCCUGCAAUUGGCUCAGAUGCAGCUGGAGGUGGUUUGCAAUGCCAAGCUCAUUCCUGUCCCGGAAGAUAGCCCACCGGCGCCUCCCAAUCCGGAACCGAUUGAGCCAGAGGUACCGGCACCGGAACCGCAACCCGAACCGGAACCGCAACCCGAACCGGUACCAGAACCAGAACCGGUACCAGAGCCAUAA